UUUCUCUAAUUCUGAUCUCCCAAAAAUCUCUCUUCGUUUGUUCCUCCCGCUUUCCUUUUCUGGUUUUCUUCGUUCUAUAGGAGAACGCUUAGAUCUCUUCUCUGUUUCACUCUUUGUUUUCUUUUUUUUUUCUUUUUUGUUUGUUGAUCUCGUAUCAUGGCUUGUAUGCUUUAUUUCGCGGUAUUUUCUGCUUAUUUCUGCAAGUUUCUCGUAAAAACCUGAAUCAGAGCCGAAUCUGCAGUCAUAGGUUCUUGUAUCUCGAUAAAAAGAUCAAACCUGUGAAAAAAGAUGAAAUUUUGGUAGAAAUACUGUAGCUUUUCGCUUUUUCUCUCCGUUUUUUCUUCCUGUUCGUUAGUUUUUUAGUUCUUCGUAUGCUUGUUCUGGUUCGAUGGAAGAAGAGACGAGUUCGCGGAAUGCGAGCUAUUCGAGGGAUUUUCUGAAGCGAUUUGCGGGCAAUAGCUUCGCCUACAAGCACCCGGAGGCAACCGGCGGGGACUCCGACGAGAUCGAGCUCAGCCUCGGGCUCUCCCUUGGCGGGUGCUUCGGCGCCGACCCCAAGGGGAAGAAGCUGUUCCGCUCGUCCUCGAUCGCCUCAUUCUCGUCGUUGCCGACGGAGCCCGAGUUCCCGGUGGCCACCGUCCUCAGCAGGACGAGCUCUCUUCCGACCGAGACCGAGGAGGAGCGAAGGAAGAGAAAGGAACUCCAGAGCUUAAAGAGGUUAGAAGCUAAGAGGAAGAGGUCGGAGAAGAGGAAUUCUUUGAAACGGGGGACGAGAGUGGAUGAGGAUGGGGAGGGAGGGCAGAGCUCGGCGGCGUCGCCGUUGACGAAGGUGGGGAGCUUUGAGGUUGGGCUCGAUGGGGGCCAUGGAUUACCUGGCGGUGGUCAGUUCGGAGGGGUGUUGAACGGGGCCAGUCCUCCGGGGAUGCCCGGGUGGGCGGCGAGCUCCGGCCAGGUGGCUUCUUGGCCGAUGUCGCAGGGAUCGAUUGGAUCGCAAGGAAGCAGCUCCUCCUGCAUAUCCGAGCACGAUAGCCGGCCAAAGCAAGGGUUCGACGCAUCCGGGUUCACCAGUUGUGCCGAUGUGAGGAGCCCUUCAACCUUCCAGUCAUUGCCGGAACAUGCCAUCCAUCAAAUGGCGGCCAACGCUCCAACGUCCGUCGUCGGAAAAGCUAUUGGGACCGUCGGAGGAGGGGAAGAGGAUCCUGCAAAGAAGAAUGCAGGGAGAGCGAAAGAGAUGGAGAGAAACAUGAUAGAAGAGAUGCCUUGUGUGUCUACCAAGGGAGAUGGUCCUAAUGGGAGAAGAAUUGAAGGCUUCCUCUACAAAUAUAGGAAGGGAGAAGAGGUGAGAAUAGUUUGUGUGUGCCAUGGCAGCUUCCUCACCCCCGCCGAGUUCGUGAGGCAUGCAGGAGGUGGUGAUGUCGCUCACCCUCUCAGGCAUAUUGUUGUCAACACCUCCCCCUUUGCCUUCUUCUGAUCAUGGUCCCUUAAUAUUUCAACCUCCCAAAAAGGAAGGUUUUUGUUUUUCCUCCUCUUUUUUUCUUUUUUCUUUUUUUUUCUUCCUUUUGACAUUGAAGAGUUUGAGGUUUCUCCUUAUGGUUGAAGGGUGCUUUUAUUCAAGGUGAGAAAGAAAGGUAGAAAUGAAGAAAUUCUGACAUCAACUUCUCACUUCUGAAUUAUGGUUCUAUGUCUAUCUCCUUCUUACUGGAUAUUUUAAUGGGUUAUAGGAUGAGUUAAUCAAGGAUAUGUCCA